AUGCUCCCCAUAAAGCCACCCCUUACCGUCUUCCCCGACCUCGUCAACCCGUUCGCUUUCUGGAACUGUUUCCGACCCAACAACUUCCAAAACACCCCCUUCUUCCCCCAUUUCUAUCAAGCAUUCCUCCCCCAGGAGUGCCGUUCAGUCACGAAAAACGAGAAGCUGAAGGAGCUUUUUCUUUGCAAUGAUACGCCCGGUGUGACUGAACUCGAUGAAGAGCGUGGCCUACUAAAAACUCAUUUCAAUUUGGGUGGAAAAGACUUCAACUCGGUGAUAUGUGUGGCGGCGGCCGGGUUCGCAGCUGGCUCUGCGCUCGAGUUGCCGGCCAGCUGGCGUAGUUUCUGUCGGGUUGAUACAAAAACGGCGAACUGUGAUGGUAGGAGGGUGUUGGUUGAUGUUGAACGUGGGCAAGAGAUUAUAUUAACGAGUAAGAGGGUUGUUGUGAAGGCACCAUCGACUAGUGAGAUCAAGGCGAAGAAAUUCAGCGAUUUUUCCAUUUCGAACCUCUCCAAAUCGGACGAGCGCCCCAUCAGCUCGGCUUCUCCUGAAUACCACAUCAACAUUGUGGAACAACACUCUACUUCUGAUCAAAAAGGUUUCGAGUGCCCACGAUGCGGGAAGGUGUUCAGCUACGAAUACUACCGGGAUAAGCACCUCAAAUACACCCGCUGCGUCGACCAAGGCGACCGGAAAUUCCCUUGCUCCAGCUGCACACGUUCUUUCGAAAAGCGUGACCGCCUCCGUAUCCAUGUCCUGCACGUCCACGAAAAUCAUCGCCCCCAUGCCUGCAUCGUCUGUGCCAAAGCGUUCUCUCAAAGUAGCAGCCUCAACAAGCAUCUCCGCGUCCAUUCUGGGGAACGCCCUUACAAGUGCUCGUUUUGCCCGAAGGCCUUUACCGCUUCCUCCAUCCUCCGCACGCACAUACGGCAGCACAGCGGGGAAAAGCCCUUUAAGUGUGCCCAAUGCGGCAAGCCAUUCGCAUCCCACGCGGCACAUGACAGCCAUGUUAGGAGGACACAUGGCGAGACGCGGAACGACGAGAAAGCAUCUGGA